CGUCACUGUGAGUCUAUGGAGCUGAAGCAGCUCAACCAUCCAAUCAGCUCCGAGGAGCCCGCUCCACAUGUAGUGAAGAACCGGAUCCUGCUGGGUCAACGAUAAACCCCGAACCUCCGACUGACCCAGAACGCAGCGCGGCUCCUCCACCCUGCUGGCUGGCUGACCCGGCCCACUCAGCCGCUGCCUGCCUGCGGAAUGCUCCGUUUCUCCGGUGUGUUCGCCUCCAGCCCGAGCCCCGCGGUGCCGCGGUGGGAACCAGGGCCGAUAUGAGCGGCACCGAUCGGGCCGCGGUCCGCUACGCCGCGGUGCUGGUUCUGUGCGUCCUGAGCUUCAGCAACUCUCUGCGGGGGGAGCUGGUGCACGACGACGUGUGGGCGAUAGUGAACAACCCGGACGUCCGAGCGGGAUCCAGCCUGCGGAGCAUCUUCAGCAACGACUUCUGGGGGAAAAGGAUGGCGGACAACAGCAGCCACAAGUCCUACCGGCCCUUGACCAUCCUCACCUUCAAGUUGAACAUCCUGCUGGGCGGCAUGACGCCGCUGUAUUUCCACAUCAUCAACGUUUGUCUGCACUGCGCCGCUACCUGCCUGCUCAUGCACACAUGUGAACGUUAUGUGUUUGAAAAGCCUCGUCUGGCCUUCAUCACGGCGCUCCUCUUCGCGGUGCAUCCUGUCCACACCGAGGCGGUGUCUGGCAUUGUGGGUCGGGCGGACGUCUUGGCCUGCCUGCUGUUCCUGCUGACCUUCCACUUCUAUAUAAGGAGUGUUGACCAGUGCGUCUCCGAGGACUCGUUCCCCUCCACUGUGUCUCCAGGGUCUCUUCUCCUCAGCCUGUUCCUGGGAACCUGUGCAAUGCUGGUGAAGGAAACGGGGAUCACAGUGUUUGGAGUGUGUCUGCUCUACGAUGCACUGGUGCUCUGCCACAAGCCUCUCACACGGGGCCUCAGGGGCUUCAGACUCAGGGACCUCCCUCUCCUCUGCAAAGCCUUGAUAAAACGAGUGGGCCUCAUCUCUGCCUAUGUGGUGAUCAUCAUGUCCGUCAGGCUCUGGCUCAUGGGGGGGUCCAUGCCUCUAUUCUCAGAACAGGACAACCCCGCCUCCUUUUCUCCUCACCUGCUCACCAGGUUUCUCACAUACUCCUUCCUGCUGUCCUUCAAUGCCUGGCUGCUGCUGGCCCCCAUUGUGUUGUGCUACGACUGGCAGGUGGGCAGCAUCCCCCUCGUGGAAUCUGUAAUGGAUGUGCGAAACAUGGCCACCAUGCUGCUGGCUGUGGUGAUGGUUGCUCUCUGCUGGCGCUGCCUCCAGUCACUGCAGGGGCAGGAGAACAGGGAGGUGUUGGUGGGAAUGUUGUUCCUGGUCUUCCCCUUCAUUCCAGCCAGUAAUCUUUUCUUUAGAGUGGGAUUUGUUGUGGCUGAGAGAGUUCUCUACAUGCCCAGUAUGGGUUACUGUAUUCUGGUGGCUCAUGGUCUGGGCCGGCUCUGGUCCACCAUAGGACGUUGGGGGACCACGCUUCUCAGUGUCUGCAUGCUGCUGCUGAUCCUGCUCUUCUCCUUGAAAACUGUCCAACAGAAUAACGUCUGGCUCUCCAGGGAGGCCCUCUUUCGCUCUGGUAUCAAAACGCUGCCCCACAAUGCCAAAGUCCAUUACAACUAUGCCAACUUCCUGAAGGACAGUGCUCGGUACCAAGAGGCCAUUCAUCACUACAACAAUGCUCUCAGGUUAUACCCCCGUCACGCCAGUGCCUUGAACAAUCUGGGAACACUGACCUCCAGCGCAGAUGAGGCGGAGCGUUUCUACAGGAAAGCGCUGGACAUCAACCCUCAGCAUAACCGCGCUCUCUUCAACCUGGGGAACCUUCUCAAGUCCCAAGGAAAUGAGGAAGAGGCAGAAGCUCUGCUGAAAGACUCUAUCCGCUACGGUCCACAUUUCGCUGAUGCUUACUCCAGUUUGGCGUCUCUCUAUGCUGAACAGAGACGGUUUGCUGAGGCCAACCAGAUGUAUUUGGAGGGAAUAGAGAGCUGCCCCGAAAGCUCCGACCUCCAUAACAACUAUGGCGUCUUCCUGGUGGACACGGGUGAAGGCCAGCUAGCUGCCGCUCACUAUCGGGAAGCCAUACGGCUGAAGCCCACGCAUUACGUUGCUAUGGUGAACCUGGGCCGCCUGCUACGAUCAACCAAUGAGAAUGCAGAAGCUGAGGUUUGGUACAAGAGAGCUCUGCAGGUGAGCAGGAAGGUGGAUAUCCUGACUCCUCUAGGAGCGCUCUACUACAACACGGGUCGUUAUGAGGAGGCGCUGCAGGUGUACAGAGAGGCUGCUGCCCUGCAGCCGGACAGCGCCGACAUCUGGCUGGCCUUGGCUCAGGUCCUGGUCAUGGCUGGGCAGAGUGAGGAGGCGGAGAAGAUGACCCUGGACAUCAUCUCCAGAGACGCCGCCUGCAUGGAAUGUUACCGCCUGCUGUCCGCCGUCUACAGCAAGCAAGGAAACUUCUCCCAGGCUCUGGAGGCUCUGGACCGGGCCCUGCAGCAGAACCCCAGUGAUCCCACAGUGAAGGCAGAGCUGCAUUUUUCUAAAGGAAACCAGCUGAGGGAGAUGAACCAGCUGGAUGAAGCCUUUGAGAGUUACAGGUUGGUUGUGGAGCUGAAAGCAGACCAGUCUCAGGCCUGGAUGAACAUGGGGGGGAUUCAGCACAUCAAGGGAAACUAUGCAGCUGCCAGGAUGUAUUAUCAACGAGCUCUGCGUCUGAAUCCCGGCUCCGGACUUCUGAAGGAAAACCUGGCAAAGCUGGACCGGCUGGAGAAGAGGCUGACAGGGGGAGCGUAGCCUGCAGCCAUCUGCCC